AUGAAGGUAAGGGUGGUGAUGGUGGUGAUAAUGUUGGCGACGACAGAGGUGAUAGAGGUGGUGAUGGAGGACAUGACAGAGGUGACUGGUGGAGAUGGUGAUGGACGUGACAGUGUUAUGAGUGGAGGUGUUGGUGGUCGUGGUCGUGGUGGUGAUGGAGAUGGUGCUUUUGGUGGGGGUGGCUAUGAUAGUUAUGGUGGUGGAGCGUUAUGCAAUGCUGGAGGUGGCGGAGAUACUGGUCGAGGGUUUGGUGAUUACUUUAUUGGGUGUCCUAGCAAUGACACAGCGAUGCAUGAUAGUCAGACGUGGAUGAGCCCAGAUGAGAUGCUAUCGAACUUGCUUGGCAGUGAGGGCCUUGAUGCAAAGUACGGAGGGUCACGUUUUCUUGAGAAGAUUAGCAUCAUCAUGUAG